UAGCUCUUCAUAAGAACGUAUUACUAUUUAUUGUUCUAUUAUUCUGUGGUAGGACACUGUGGUAGCUCUUCAUAAGAACGUAUUACUAUUUAUUGUUCUAUUAUUCUGUGGUAGGACACUGUGGUAGCUCUUCAAGCUCUGUCGAAGUAUGCAGCAUUAAUCAAUCGUGAGAAGGCGGAUAUGACAGUCACUCUGAAAGGGGACGAUCUUCAGAAUACCUUUUUAGUGGAUGAGACGAACAAACUUGUUCAACAAAGUGCAUAUGUAAGCACCAUACCUAACUUGUUGGAAGUCGAAGCUACUGGCUCGGGUUGUGUGUUUAUACAGGCAAUUCUGCGAUACAACAUGCCCCCUUCAAAACAAAGCGAGGACUUUCAAUUAGCGGUUGCAAGUAAUAAAAUUGACUACUUGGGCAAAAGUAUCAAUAUUACAGCCUGUGUCAGAUACACUGGGAAAGAUAAGGAGUCAAAUAUGGCUAUCCUGGAGAUUAAAAUGCCGUCAGGGUAUGAAGUUGAUGAACCAUUUGUUCAAGAGCUGGUCAGAAGUGGCAGUAAUACUUACUUGAAAAGAGUUGAGACAGAAGCAAAGCAAGUAAAUUUCUACUUUUCGGAGCUUACCGAUAAUCUGACAUGUCUGAAAUUCUUUGCCCGUCAAACUGUGGCUGUUGAAAACAUUCAACCAGCAACGGCUCGAGUCUAUGAUUACUAUGAACAAGAGAAAGCAGUGGAGGAUAGCUACACCAUUGAUGAAUGCAUCGAAAAGUAAGCAACUUCAUCAGAAACAUUCAGUGCGACUUUCCACAGUUCUUUUAUUUUGCAAUGAACUGUUUUUUUAUGCGACUUUCCACAGUUCUUUUAUUUUCCAAUGAACUGUUUUUUUAUGUGACUUUCCACAGUUCUUUUUUUUGCAAUGAACUGUUUUUUAUGUGACUUUCCACAGUUCUUUUUUGUGCAAUGAACUGUUUUUUAUGUGACUUUCCACGGUUCUUUUUUUUGCAAUGAACUGUUUUUUAUGCGACUUUCCACAGUUUUUUUAUUUUUGGUGGAUGUUGUUUGUAAUAAUGAUGGAAUGACUUAUUUUCUAUAUUGCUGUUAAUUAGGUGUUAAACUAUGUAGUUGAGUUUACAAUAAAAUGAAUAAUA